AUGAUUGUUGUCAAGCGUAUUUAUCGAGCGUUGUUCAGCAUGAGCUCUGAUACAGUCCCAGAACCUGAUAUGACAGACUCUGGGCUGGGCAUUGCCGAAACAUCGCCGCCCAUGAUGUUCGCCGACGACUUUCAGAAAGAGCUCGAAUCGUCGCCGGAAUGGCAGGAGAUGGAGAAGUCGUUGAAGGCUACCCUUGCACAAUUCAACGCAGAUCCUACUCCAGAAGCUGCCGACAUUCCUUUGAUUAAAGCUGAAGAAGACAUCGGAAAAGAGCUCGGAAUUCCCACUGUCCCGUCCGUUUACGAGCUAGGAUCCUCGUUACAAAAUCGUCUCGGCCUUGUCGAUGAAGAGUUCCGCUGUGAAAUUCUAAACCAAAUCCAAGACGAUGUUAUUAACUGGAUUAGGAAUAUUUUCCGAUUCCAGGCAGCCACUGUCAAUGCUUACAAAGACCCUCGCCAGCCCAUGCUCAAAGCUCUAAGAUGCGCUUUAGCUGUGAAAUACAACCAGCAAAACGAAGAAUCGCCUCUUGGUUACAGAAGAUAUGUCAAAGGCGAUUCAGUGAAAGCGCCUGUUAUCUAUGUAACAGACGAUAUUCCAGCCGCUUGGAUUCUGUUCUUUCAGAACGAACUUGGCUUGCCAAAAGAGUGUUUUAAUGUCCAUAGAAUAAAUGAUGGAAUAAAUGGAGACAAGACUCCUUUUGAUGUGAAUAAGCUUUUCAAACAAGUGCAGGCUGACGCUAACGAUCCUCAAAAAGAGCCCACCGCUUUGAUCGGUUCUUUUGGAAGCGAAAGUGCGAUUGAUGACAAGGUUGAAUCCUUGCUCCAUAUUUGCGGAAAGUUCCAGAUCUGGUGCCACUUUGAGGGCGAUAACAUUCCUAUGCUUGGAAAUUUCACGAUUCCAUCAAAAAGCGCUCCUGUUCUCGCCGCUAAUUCUAUUACCUUGAAACCGUCUGACUUCUGCAUGCUCGGCUUGCCAAGCCUCUUCUGCAUGCGUUCCGCCAACAACCCGAUCCGCUGCCAACCCUGGGAGGACGAUUUGCUGCCAGUCUGGACUGCGCUUCAGCUCUCCGGCGCGGCGAAUAUUCGCCACAGGAUAAACAACGCGAUGCGAAUCACAAACGACCUUGUAUUGGUACUCAAACAGUUCGCGGAUGUUAACUCUUCCGUAAAAGAACGCGUGGAAGAGCACAGCGACGCUGAUUACAACUCCUUCGGUGAUUUUGUCAAGGAUACGAUGAAACAGUUGACGGCUCCGCCAGCCCCUCCACUAGUGACUGUCUUUCAAUGGGCUCCGAAGACCGAAGUUGUCACUAACGAGUUUACGGACGCGCUGCUCGACGUGUGCAAUUACAAGCUACUCAUGACCCUGCAGGACAAAUGCGACAAGCUCGAUUGUCAGGAGACGAUGAAUGACGAGGGAUCGUGUAUUAGAAUCCGAUCGCUGGUCACUGCUCUCAAGGGUGCUCAACAAGCGGAUCUCAAUCUCAUGAAAGAAACCAUCGACUCUGUCUUGCCAUCAAUAGAAUCGUAUUUCGAUCAAGCGUGGGAUCUGUGGCGAUCAACGAGCGCCCGCAGCGAUAUCAAGCUCUUCUUAGAACCGAAUGAGGAUCUCAAGCUUGGCGCGAUCGCCAUUAUCCCAAAGGCCGCGCCCGCUGAUGUGAUCAAUCAAGAGGUCUUCCGGUGUCUCAAAGAACUCGACUCUGGAGUAGGAUUCACACUUGCUAAAGCUGGCGAAAAUAUCGUCAUUGCUAUUGAUGAAAUUCCUGCAGAAAUUGACAUCGAAAACAUGGUCAACUCGAUUUGCGAGCUCGGAAUCCGUGCAGAAGAAGAAUACAGACGAAAUGAAGAGGUCAAGCGAAGAAUGAUGGAAGCGCUCGCGAAUGCCGAGAAGUCCCUCGAGGAAGAAAAGGAGAAGCGCAUCGCCGAGGGUGGAAUCAUCUGGCCAGUUUGGUCCUGGAUCUCUGGAGGAAAACAGCCGGUUGAAGAGACCCAAGGUCGAACAUUCUCUAUCGUUUCGGAUAAAAUGAAGGUCAUUGAAAACUUCAAGGAGGACUUGAAAGACUCUGACGACGAGGAAAACAAAGAUGUUACUCUCAUCGAAAACGCUUUAGCGACCAAGGUCAGCUUCAGGCGAAAGGGUGAUGAGACCGCUUCCCAAGUUAGCUCCCAAGAAGCGCGAGAGGAAAUCAUUGUUCCCGAGAACAAGACGCUCAACAUCGAGGAAAACGCAAAUGCGAAUAACAACUCAGAAACAAACGCGCUUAGCGAGGUUACUGAAGAUAUGACCGCAGAUGUGACCGAAAUUCACGAAGAGGUGAAUGAAGAACUAGUGAAUAAAGACCUGAUUACUGACAAUGCGGAACUGUCGAUCACAGAAGAAACCCCACAGAUUGACGACCCUAAGACUGUUAUGCCGGAAGCCUCCGAGGCCGGUACUGAAGCCACCGAGGCAUCUGAAUUGCCCGACGUUAACCCUGAAGACGAGCAAGUAGCCGAACCCACCACCGAAACUAACCCAGCACCCACUGAAGCAGGCGAUACUGAAACUGCCGAGCAGCCUGCAGAGCAGAAAUCAUUUUCCCUAUCAUCUAUUUUCUUUUAG